GCAUAAGUUUGAGCAAAGUCAAAGAAUCUGUUCAACUGCUUCCGGGCCGGCUCGAUUCCGUUACCGGAAACUGGAAGUGUCUUGAACAGAAUCUCCGCCGAAUAUUUACAAAUAGCGUAGCCGGAAUGAGCAACGGAGAGCUGAUCCGCAUCGAACCCGUUGACCUCCAAUUUCCAUUCGAAUUGAAGAAGCAGAUCUCAUGUUCUAUGCAUUUGACAAACAAAACGGAUAACCAUGUCGCUUUCAAGGUGAAAACAACAAACCCUAAGAAGUAUUGUGUGAGGCCAAACACUGGAAUUUUGAAGCCGCGCGCUGAUUGUGAUGUCAUAGUUACAAUGCAAGCACAAAAGGAGGCCCCAACAGACAUGCAGUGCAAGGAUAAGUUCUUGCUUCAAAGUGUGGUUGUGAGUCCUGACACCAUGGCGAAGGAUAUUAUUCCAGAAAUGUUCAACAAGGAGUCAGGGAACCAUGUUGAUGAAUGUAAGUUGAGAGUAGUGUAUGCCACACCUCCUCAACCUCCAUCGCCGGUGCGCGAGGGUUCUCAAGAAGGAUCCUCACCAAGGGCUUCACUAUCCGAAAGUGGAGCAGUGAGUUCAUCAGAGCAGAGUAAUGUUUCAAGAGCACAAAGUGACCCACAAGACAAGUCAUUGGAGGUAAAAGGCCUAAUUUCUAAUCUCAUGGCUGAGAGGGAUUCUGCCAUUCAAAUAAAUAACAAGCUCCGACAGGAAUUGGAACUUUUAAGACGGGAAUCAAACAGAAGUCCAGGUGGCAUUCCGUUUAUGUAUGUUAUUAUCAUUGGCUUGCUUGGUAUUCUUCUCGGCUAUCUUUUCAAGAAAGCAUCAUGAAGGUUGCAGUAAAUAUAUUGUAUCUGAAAAAUAUUCCGUUCUACGAAUUUCACAUAUGAAAUUUAUUCCGUUUUCCAUUUCAUUUUUUGCGUUUCUGUGCUACUUAUAGAAGAAUCUAGAUCAUAGAUUAUGAGUUACAAUUAUUUAUUAGAAUAUUCAGUUACAAAUCUAGAUCAGGAGUUUGGCCUAAACAUCUG